ACCGGCACCCAGCAGAAGGAGAUGAGGGACUUCAUCAAUCUCUUCUCCAAGUUUUACCCCUGCGAGCACUGUGCUGAGGAUCUGAGGGAAAGAUUACGUACAAAUCAGCCUGACACUAGCACCAGAAAUAACUUCUCCCGGUGGUUGUGUCUUCUUCAUAACGAAGUGAACAGGAAACUGGGGAAAUCUGAAUUUGACUGCUCUCGGGUGGAUGAGCGCUGGCGAGAUGGUUGGAAAGAUGGGAGUUGUGAUUAG